AUGCUGCGCAUGUACCGCCCUCUAGCUCUAUGUUGGCUUCUAUUCCCAGCUACUUUUGCUUUGCUGAUUCCCAUUCUGGUGCUACUACUGCCGUUAAGGCAAUGGGUCCAGCGUAGCUAUAUCAUAGCCCAUCUAAAUGUUGUGCUAGUGGAGCAUGGAUAUUUCUGGUUCACGGCGGUUUAUUUGGGACAUUUAACGCAUUACACAAACAAGAACUGGGUGGUUCCGUAUGAUAAGAUUGCUCGGGAGCUGUUGAUAUACCUCGUAAACACAUUAUUUUGCAUUUUGGCUACGAUCUGGUGCUUUGGUCCUCUGAUUUUUGAGCGGAUAGAUGUAGCUGCGGGCGGCCAUUGUGAGCGUAUAUCAGGGGAAUUGAUUCAGCUCAGCAGGAGUAAAUGUGAUGUGCAAACUGAUACGAUAUGGAUCAACGGGUUUGAUAUUUCGGGACACUUUUACUUGUUGGUGUCGAUCAGUUUGCUAGUUUUGCAGCAAUUGAUUGGUGAUGGAAGCUUGGGUAUAUGGACCCAACGGCUCGAUAUGGACUUGGAGCAAGGCGAGGAGCCUUCAGGGGUCCCCAGUGGUGAGAAUACAGAAGCUCCGGCCAUAAUAGCCAAGUUGGACUGGUGGAUACUUCAUCUAGCUGUGACUCUCGUUGGCUGCUGGUACGCCGAAUUUGUCAUUACGUGCUUGUUCUUCCAUACAACUUUAGAAAAGUUCUGUGGUUUGGUGGCGGCCAUGGUAGUGCCGUUGGUCACGUUACGUUACAUAAUUACAGAUUAG